CCGGUUGAAAAUUUUCUCCGUUACUGCCUAUGUACAUUUGCUAAGAAUUCCCGUUGUGAACCAAAAACAAAAUCUCAUUUUGAAUAAAAGUGGAGCAGAAUCUUUAGUGAAGAAAUCAUAAGCGAUUGGUGGUAAUGGAGUAAAGUUGUACUUCAAAAUGAUGCAAGCUUUUAUAUCACAACGAACUUGCUUCGGUUGUUCAAUUUUCUUAUUCCUCCUGGGAACAAUAUUUUUAUAUGUACAUAUCUCCCGUUCUCAAAAUAUCCCGAACUUUUUGCGUAAACUCCCAUAUAAUGUGACAGAUUUGGGAAAUUUUGUUGUUUUGGAACAACAAGAAUGCCCAAAAGAAAAUCCUCACGCUAUUGGGCGUUUAAAAAUCGAGACUAAUGUACCUACUUGGGAUUCCUUAAUGGAGAAAUAUACAUCAUCACCCUCUCAACGUAAAAUUAUCCUUUCAAAAGAUGGCAACUAUUCACAACCCAGUUUAAACCCUGUGGUGAUCCACAAUGGAUCUAUUAGUUCCCACAAUUACACCGAUUCAUUGGAGAAAUACGUCGGAUUGUGGCGUCCAAAUGUAUGUGAUCCAACUGAAAAGCUGGCUGUUAUUGUCCCGUACCGAAAUCGUGAUAUUCAUUUGCGUAUGUUUUUAGGACAUAUGCAUGCUUUUCUGCGUAACCAACUGCUUAUGUAUACCAUUUUCGUUAUAAAUCAAGACGGUGAAACUCAUUUCAAUCGUGCCCUUCUUCUGAAUGCUGGGUUUAUCGAGUCGAAACGGGUUACAAAUUUUGACUGCUUCAUAUUUCAUGAUGUGGAUUUAUUGCCUGAAGACGAUCGAAAUUUAUAUCGUUGUACCAACCAACCGAGACACCUAUCUGUUGCUGUGGACAAGUUUAACUACCGUCUUCCUUAUCUUACGAUUUUUGGCGGAGCUGUGGCGUUCACCAAGAAACAGUUUGAAAAGGUUGGUGGAUUUUCAAAUAUGUAUUUUGGAUGGGGUGGAGAAGAUGACGAUUUAUACGCUAGAGUAGUCUAUCAUAAUUACAGCGUUAUGCGUUACCCUGAAGAAAUCGCUCGUUACAGAAUGAUUAGUCAUAAGAAAGACUCAAGUAAUCCGGUCAAUCCUAAACGUAACGAACUUCUGAAGGAUGCAUCAAGUCGCUUUAAAACAGAUGGUUACUGGAAUGCGAAUUAUACGCUACUGGAGUCUUACCCUGCUCACAAUGGCCUGUUUUAUUGGGUGUCGAUCACUCCAUAAAUGGGUGAGAAGAUUCAGCACAUUCCGAUUAUUUGUGUUGUCAUAGAAUACUCCGUAUACGAAGAUCACAUCGUUCACCGAAUUCCCCAUGAUUUUUUUAUUCAAUGACUUUUCCUACUUCUACUUUCGUUUUGUCCAGUUUCCAUAAUCUUUUCCAACUAUUAUUUUAGAUUUUGUAUAUUUUACACAAAAUGCUGUUCCAUUUUACUCAACGACUAAUUUCUGGAUUCAUAAUUUUUUUAAAACAAAUUAGACAAUCUGUUCCAUUGAUAAAAAGGUAGUUACUGUUCAAUUUUAAAGAUCUUCAUUGUAUGCCAUAGCAACAGGAGCAUUGCAAAAAAAAAUCUGUUUCCAUGAUCAUCAGAUAAGACUAAAUUCUCCAUGGAUUUGUUUCUGUUACUUGUAUAGUUGUAGGAUUUUUCUUUGAUAGAUUAACAUUAUCAACAUAAACAGCCAAAACUUAUAAUUGGCAAUUUGAUCGGAAAUAUAUUGAAAAAGCGAUUGGUCAAAUGUAAGUUGAUUGAUUGUAAUAUCGCUGAGUAUUAACUUGUUAAUUUAUUGUAAACAAUUAAUAAUCAGUAUUUUCUAUGUUUAAAAAAUAUCAACGUUGAAUUGUGGAAGAAAUUUGAACAAGAUUGAUGGUGUUUAAUAUUAGUUCAACGUUUAAAAUACAUUAUCUUACAGUUGGAAUAUGAAUUUACUCAAAACCUUUGCCUUUUUUCUACACAGGUCCAAAU